AUGCCGAUCAGAAACAUAGCCGUCGGAACUCCUCAAGAGGCAACUCACCCAGACACCUUGAAAGCCGGUUUGGCUGAGUUCAUCUCCACUUUCAUCUUCGUCUUCGCCGGUUCAGGUUCCGGCAUCGCAUACAACAAGCUUACCGACAACGGUGCCGCCACUCCCGCCGGUCUCAUGUCUGCUUCCAUAGCACACGCAUUCGCUCUCUUUGUUGCUGUCUCCGUCGGUGCUAACAUCUCCGGUGGACACGUAAACCCCGCCGUCACCUUCGGUGCUUUCGUCGGUGGCAACAUCACCUUACUCCGUGGUAUCGUUUACAUCAUCGCUCAACUCCUCGGAUCCAUCGUCGCCUCCGCACUCCUCGUCUUUGUCACCGCAUCGUCUGUGCCAGCAUUCGGUCUAACCGCAGGAGUAGGAGUGGGUCCCGCUUUGGUAUUUGAGAUUGUGAUGACUUUCGGUUUGGUGUACACUGUGUAUGCUACAGCCGUUGACCCAAAGAAGGGUAAUAUUGGAAUUAUCGCACCAAUUGCUAUUGGUUUCAUCGUUGGUGCUAACAUUUUGGUUGGUGGGGCCUUCACCGGAGCCUCCAUGAACCCCGCCGUGGCAUUCGGGCCUGCUGUGGUGAGCUGGAGCUGGGCCAACCACUGGGUCUACUGGGCCGGCCCACUUAUCGGUGGUGGGAUUGCUGGGCUUAUCUAUGAGGUUCUUUUCAUUAACAGCACCCAUGAGCAGCUUCCAACAACUGACUACUAG